AUGCUUGCACUAACGCCAGGAAGACGAAGAGAUGCUUUAGCUCUUCCUGAGGGCUUCAUUGCAGCGGAUGAUGCAGAAGAAGAGAAAACCCAACGUGACUUCCAGCACGUGUGGAGCGAAAGCGAGGACUGCUUACCUUUUCUGCAGCUCGCACAGGAUUACAUCUCCUCCUGUGGGAAAAAGACACUCCAUGAAAUAUUGGAAAAAGUCUUCAAAUCCUUCAGACCUUUACUUGGGCUUCCAGAUGUUGAUGAUGAUGCAUUUGAAGAAUAUAACGCAGAUGUGGAAGAAGAGGAACCAGAAGCCGAUCAUCAACAGAUGGGUGUCAGUCAGCAGUGAUUUUCUGAGAAGCUAAAAAAUUCGGAAGCCUUUGGUACCAGGUGGGGUCAGGUGGUCCCACAUUAGCCUGUUCGAAUUAGCGCAUCACAUGGGGAUAUCUGGCUCCCAGGAUAAAAGUUUUACAAAAUGGUUUAAAAAAAAAAUAAUUAAUACUAAUAAUCUGUGAUGAGCUUUGCUAAGAAGUGACCUGAAUUUUGCUCCUGCUUCAGUGGGUUUUCUAUGGAGUUGUCUUGGUAGCAUUCUGCCGUUAUCAGUCUAGAAGUAGUUUUGUCGCUGACUUGUCUCUUCGAUUUGUGUUCAAGAGUAGCGUUCGCUGACAUGAAUGUAGAGU